AUGUCCUCUCUCUACAAUCGCCUGACAUUAGACACUAAAAAAGCUGUAGAUUUGGCUGCAAAAUUUGGCCAAAAUAUAGCUUUAAACGCCCGUGAAGCUUACGAAAAGUUCUUUGUUCAUAUACUGGAGUAAGUUUUGUUUUUUGUUACUGUGGUUUCUUGUGCCCGGCACAAAGGAGUUGCAUCAAGCCAAGGAUUGUAGGACGUGGUCUAAUAUAAAUAGUAUCAAAGAGCAUAAAAAGAUAUUAGCAAAAGCAUUAUCCAACGCUAAAUUUGUUAAAAAACGUUUUAAACAUGUAUAGUAAUCUCCCUUACAGGUUCAACAAGACGUAUAAUACUGAUGCGGAAGUGAAAUUCAGGUUUAAUGUUAUAAAGGAAGCCUUUAAAAAAAUUGACAAGUAUCAAAAGGCGAAUCCAGAAGCCCAGUAUGGCUUGACUCAAUUAUCUGACUUGACCGAUGACGAGUUUCACAGAUUCUACGCUAACUUGAAGCCCACUCAGUUAGCAGAAAACUUUAGAGGAAAUAGUAUGUUAAGUUUACUUAUACUAGAGUUAGUGAGUUUAAGAAACUGCAAUUUUUUACCUUUUUUGUUUAGGAUCCUCACCAGCCGUGCCAACAGGUUUUAAAGCCCCAGGCCGACUAGAUUAUCGUGAACAAGGCAAAGUGAGCAGUGUGAAAAACCAAGGAGGUUGUGGAUCGUGCUUUGCCUUUGCCGCUGUAGCAACAAUCGAAAGUAUCUAUGCGUUGCGAAAACAAAAAAGCCCUCCGGACCUAAGUGUUCAACAAGCUCUUUCAUGCACAAUCGGUGAUGGACACAACGAUGGAUGUAAGGGUGGAUUUGGGCCAGGAGUUUUGUGGUACUUUAAGGACAAUGGCAUAACAAGUUGGAACGAUUUCCCAUACGUUGUUGGAAACGGUGGAGCCAUGCCACCGUGCUGGGACAACAAACCAAUUGUGACACAACUCAAUGGCGAUGGACCGGUCAGCAAGAACGAAAACGAAAUGGUCGACAACUUGGUGCUGAAUGGUCCCAUCCUAUCCGCUAUCAAUGCUGAUCCACUACAAUAUUAUAAAGGCGGAAUAGCACACGGCAUUAAAGGUGGCAGAAACCAUGCUGUGGUGAUUGUGGGCUACGGUAACGAAGGAGAGGACUACUGGAUUGUGAAAAACUCGUGGGGUGAAGGCUGGGGUGAAAGAGGCUACUUUAGAGUUGGCAGAGGUCACAAUGAUUUGAGAAUUUCCGAAGACAAUUACGCUGCCUACAUGGAUUCGCCUUAG